GUCUGAUAGGGUUGGGAGGAGUAUUUACAGAUAACCAGCAGUAGUACCAACUGAAAACUGACUGAUUUGUUAUCAACAACAGCAGUGGUACCAGUGGUCAAGCGACGCGUAUAGUGUGCAGAUGGUUGAGAGUCCUACAACCGGACCAAACAUGUUGUUAGUGUUGAUGUGUGUGAUGAUGAAGAUACUAGAGUACUCGUCAGGUACGUUGGUCGACGUCCAGCCGCCUCCCCAGCAAAUUAUGGGUGCAAAGAAGACCAGGAAGCGGAGAAAACGUACAAGAAAGAGAGGUGUGGCGGGACAGCCGCGAGGGAUGACAACGGAAGAGAAGCUGGCCUCCCUGCACAGCCCUGAGUCCGACUGCAACUCUAAUACAUUGGACUCAACAGCUAGUUACCUCAGCAACACCUCAUCUCAAGAUGUUGACUUUAUUCAGGACAACUCUGACUACCAAUGGUUUCUUGAUUAUGGAUAUCGAGAGACACAGCAUCGUAGUAUCCUCUCUCUGUCAGCCAGCUAUGAGGAAGGUUGCUACGAUGACCUUGCUCGUGACCUUGACACCCAGCUGGCUCAGGUGGACAUGGAGGACUUUAGAGCAGAAGACAUACUAACCACUUUACCUGCAAUGUGUUGCCAGGACCUCCAGUCCGAUCGCAGAGGGGAGAUGUUUGCUAGUGUUUCUGGCUCUAUGAUGGUCAAAUUUGAUUUUGAAUCCUCCCUUAGCCCCCAAUUAAGUUCCCAGGAAGAGGAGGAGGAGGAGGGCGCACAAUGUGAGUCCAUGUGCAAGUCUGGUCCUCUCUUCUCACCAGUCAGAGAGAGUCCUCUACCUCAGUGCCCCAACUAUAGUGUAGACUCUCUGGACUGUCAGGAACAGGACAUUCUGCUAACUUGCCAGGCCAACAAGGACAACUACACCAUAGCCUUUGAAGGCAGUACUGUCAUGGGGGAAGAUUCAGAUUGCCAUGAUACAGGGGAAAGUGUGACUGGCAGUGGCAGUGGUAGUGGCAGUGGGUCGGGAACAUGGUCCAGUGCAGAGACCAGACGUCCAGCAAUGGCCAACUCAGAUGCACCUCGCACUACCUGGUGUAAGAUGGUCACUCGGCGCAACCUUCACAACAACUGUAUGCGUCACUCCUCUGCCAGUCUACCCAACUUGACUAGAUCCAGACCAAACCUAGGUUGUGUGAAGCUGUAUGAUGUUCAACACUCGUCAUCAGUGUCUGGCUCAGACAGCAGUUUAUCAUCAGAGAAACAACAUUCAAGACUGAGUCUAGUCCGGUUGUUCAUCAAACAACGUGGAUGUGCUAUGGCACACUCGGACUAUGCAACUACACAGACUACUCAUGAACAACUUUGUGAUAACAGGGUUAAUGCCAACUUAGUGACGUCAGAUCGCAAUCAGAAUCAAGUGGAGUGGGUGAGCUUUGCAGACAGUCUAAUAGACGAGGUCCCUGAGUCUGAGAGUGUAGAGAGACUCAGUGAUGGCUCCGUGUCAGUAUGUAGUUGUGACGCUAGUCUCAACACAUCUAGACAUCAAGGCAGUGGAAACAACAACAAUAGUCUGGACAGGGACUACAUCAGAUCACCAGUAAGUGUGUCCCAGUUGCGCCGUGGCACACAGACCCACUCCGAGUGCAGCACCAGCAGUGAUCCUACGGAGGCUACCAAGAUAUCAGCUCAUGUACGCAAUUCUGCCACUCAGUGUCCACUCCAUUGUGUGGAUGCUAGCAUGCAGACGUCAGCCACUUUGGCCGCCCACAACAAACAGCCUACCAAGACGGGUGAGAAAGGCAAGCAAGCAGUGUAUGUCAUGUACCCCAAUUACACCCUGCCAGACUUGGGCUUCCUGAGGGAUGAGAGGCUGGAUCUGGACCAGAUAUUCCUGACUCCUGUCAAGUUCUCUCCCGGCUGGACACCUCUGCAGUCCCCGACUGUGGCCCCAACAAACCCUCCUCAUGUUGAGCAUAAAAGGCCUCGGCCUCAUUCUUGUGCCGAUAUCGACCAUCUCAGAAAGAAAGGAUUCAGUCAUGUCAGAGAUUGGGAGAGUCUAGCCGUAUUGCUGCCUCCUGAGUAUUGUGCUCUGCUCAGUGAUAUCCCUGAGCUGAGGGAGUACAAGGACCUGUGCACCACCACCAAGCCUCUCUUCUGUGUCUCUCCACCUCUCUCCAAGCCCACUCAGUUCACCCCCUUCAUCCCAGAUAGUCGCAAUAACUCAUCAUCAUCAAGCGUAGGCACGCAGCCUUCGUCUGGUUACCGAGGUUCAUCAACUCUGCUGAGUGACUCCAGUGCCAACCCUAGUCCAGGCCCUCACUCCGCCAACAACCCCCUCUUUGUCUACAGAUAUGACAGUGCCACUUCUGAUUCUGGCCAUUCAGGACCUCCUCUACCAAAACGAUCAAUUUCAUUGCCAGAGGAGAAGAAUGUCCCUGCACCCCCAAGACCUCCUUUACCUCGUGGUAUUCUGCGAAACUCACUUGAGAAUACUAAACUUCACAAAAAUCAAGCCAACAAGAAAAGACAUAGCAUGUUUGAUAUGGAGACAGCCAAUGUAGAUGAUCCUGAAUUGGCCGAUGUGGACAAAAAAGCAAAGGCUAAGCAAUCGAGUGGUAGUCAGUUGUCAGGGUCGGAUGAGGGGCUUGGCGGAGAGAUGUGGCGACCCCCGACUCCCCCCACCACUCAUGCACUUCGCCUACAACAACUCCUGGAGAUGAGCGGGGACCAGUGGGACCCCCGAGAUAUGGAUGUCCUCCGCCAGCAGGUGAGCCGAUUUCUGAGCCAGGGUCGAAAGAGUGUGAGUUUUGCUGAUAGUGGGGAAGACCCGUCUAUGACUCCACCUAACUCACCUCAAGUCUCCGUCGCCCAUAAACCAACUUAUCAGAUCAAGACUGGCGCUGGUCUCAAUGAGACAACUAUCACUGAAGAUCUGGAAGUCAGCUUUAGCCAUGAAAGACUUCGACAUUCAGCCAAAUCUGAGCUAGUAGAUGUUGUGACGACAGCAGCAGCCAAGUUAGUAGCCCAGUCCAACGGCCCCAACGAGCUAGUCUCUAGUGUGGCCCUCAGUUGCCUCUGCCCAGCUCUCUACUCCUUGCUGAGCGACGGUCUCAAGUCUAGUCUGGACACACCGUUUGGAGACAUCAACAACUCCGUAUGGCAAGUCGUCGAAGCCUCUGCUCAACAAGGUCCCAUGACCAAGGCUUUGAAUGAACUAGUUCUCAAGUUGAACAGUGAAGAUGUUCUGACUGAAGGGGUAGUCAAAUUCAAUGCUUUCAUAUUCGGUCUUUUAAAUGUACAAGGUCUAGACGUGUGGCUGAGCUAUCUAAGGACCAGGGAGAGUGUUUUGCGCCGCCACUACUCAGCAGAUGCUCUCAUGUUGUGUGCCUGUCGAGGACAGACCAAUGCCAGAGCACUCAGUGACAAACUGCUGGCCUCUCUGAGACCUCUUGGACAACUUAACUUCAAACUGGACCUUCUCUAUGAGACCCGACUGUUGCAUCAGAGCUUGCUUCAGCUAAGUAGACUCCCUUCCUCACCAAGCCACAGCGGAAGCAGUGCGAGCAGUAAAGGAUCCUGGGCUCUCCACAGAUUGAUGGAGUCUCCACCUCCCCAGAUGUCGGAGAAUGUGCGACCUCGCUCUUGUGUGGACUGUGUGACAGGAGCUGAUGUAGCCGGAACUCAGCACAAGCGAUGGAGUGUAAACAUCGGUGGCAAGCUUGGACAAGCUUACGACAGACUUGGAGACGACACUGAGGAAGAAUACACUGACAGCCUGGAGACAGGAGGCAGAGGAAAUGUAGGCAACGGAGAGGAAGCAGGGACAGGCGAAGGCAGUGGCAAAUUCCGUAGACUGCAGAUGAAGUGGGAAAUGCUCUCUGGCAGAGAGAACACUAGUCAAGAAAGUCUUGACAAAUCCUCAUCACUUAACACUCCACCUUCCCCUGUGAAGUCCAGUACCUCCAGUGUAUCGAGUGCCCCCAAAUCUCGUAUUCCACGGCCCGUGACAUCGCCUGUACGACCCACCAGCCAAGGCCUAGGUCUGGUGAGUCAGCCUGGCACAGUCAGACCACCAAUCAAGAAAGCCCUCACUGGUGCCAGUCAACUCAGGAGGCCUUCAUCCAUCUCAAACCGGGCAAAAGUACCGGAAGGGCCAGUGAAAGCUCGUACAUCUAGGGUAGAUGCUCCAGCCAAGACAGGGCCAGUGGCCAGGCCGAGUUCUCUGCCCUACAGGGUUCAGCGAGCUCCAUCUGUAGACAGUCAUCGACGAGCUGCGAGCUCAUCUACGAUCAGACAACACCAGACAUCUCAACCACACAGGUUCGUCGUGACAUUGAGUCAUAGGUUACCCUCAGACAGUGGACAUCUAGCGUACAAUGAGGGAGAGAGACUUCGCUUGGUGUUGGAAGUGGACGAGACAUGGCUGCUCUGUUGCCGUGGUGACACCAAGGGCUUGGUUCCUAGAACGGGAGUCAUCCCUGUUUCCCAGAGGAUAUAGGCAUAGGGUGCCCAAGCUUCAUAUCAGUAUUACCCUAAGUUUUACUAAUUUAGGAAACAUUUUACUUAGUACAAAUUAAUUUUAUACUUGAAUUUCUCUGUGUGAGGUUUUGUUUUAACUGUUACUGAAGAGACAUGAUUGCCAAAAAUACAAACCAAAUAAUUGGUUGCCAUAUUUAGCCUUAAAGAAUUAAACCAAUGGUCUUAAUUAAUUAUAAAUGG